AUGACGGUAACAAAUGCGCAGGGCGCGACGUUAGAACUGGACGAGGAGUGCGCGCUGUCUUAUAGCCCGCCGAGCACUACGACUACUAGCGCUGCACCAAAGGAUUCAAAUAAUGCCGCCGCUGUGUUGCGCGUGAGAUCCGAGGCUCCUCUGUGCACGCAGGUUAAAACUAGCACCGAGAUCCUCACCGUAUCGAGGGUUACCACUAGUUUCUCGACUACCACUAUCACCGUCACUACAUCCGUACCAGACUUCUCGUGCCCUACUAUGGCUGUCACGGAUUCCUAUGGUGCCGUCUUGGCUCUGAAUGAGGGCUGUUCUUUGGAGUACACACCGGGUUCGUCGACCACCGCGCCGUCAACGACUGGGCCGCAAGCUGGUGCCGGCCCCGUCACUACGGGUGGGGGCGAGCAGUCCAUUGGACGGCCGGUCGAUGGAUGGUGGAUGUUAGUUGCCAGAUUGUUAGGCGUUUUGGUGCUUGUGGGGUAG